UUUCUCGCAAACCCGGAAUGUAAGGCCUGGGUCGGGCUGUUUCCUGCUCUCUGGCCCACUCUUUAUCCGAGCCUGUGUACUCUGCUGCUGUCCCACAGUUCGCCCCAGGAGCCAGGGCGGUCGUGCCCUUCUGUCGUGUGCCCGCGUGGCUGCCGCCGCGCCUCCGAAUCCUCCGGGGGCGCAGAGGAGUUCGCUACGGAGGGAGGCGGGGGCCUUCGGGAGGAGGAGGAGGAGGCGGAGGAGGCGGAGGAGGAGGGAAGGAAGAUGGCGGCCGUGGAACUAGAGUGGAUCCCGGAGACUCUCUAUAACACCGCCAUCUCCGCUGUCGUGGACAACUACACCCGCUCCCGCCGAGACAUCCGCUCCUUGCCCGAGAACAUCCAGUUCGAUGUUUACUACAAGGGAAUUGAGAUGUUAAAGGGAAUUGAGAGCUUAUUGGAAAUAGUCUGCCUGUAUGCUUCUUGGGAUUAUGACAUUGCGUUAAGGGGAGGAAGGUAUUUAAACAUGUGCCUGGGACUGCGACAUUUGCUUCAUCAUUGUUUUCAGGCUUUGAUGGAUCAUGGUGUGAAAGUUGCUUCAGUCUUGGCAUACUCAUUCAGUAGACGGUGCUCUUAUAUAGCAGAAUCAGAUGCUGCAGUAAAAGAAAAAGCCAUUCAGGUUGGCUUUGUUUUAGGUGGCUUUCUUUCAGAUGCAGGCUGGUACAGUGAUGCUGAGAAAGUUUUUCUGUCCUGCUAUCAGUUGUGUACUAUACAUGAUGAGAUGCUUCAUUGGUUUCGUGCAGUAGAAUGUUGUGUGAGGUUGCUUCAUGUGAGAAAUGGAAACUGCAAAUAUCAUUUGGGUGAAGAAACAUUUAAAUUAGCUCAGACAUUUAUGGAUAAACUGUCAAAACAUGGCCAACAAGCAAACAAAGCUGCACUCUAUGGAGAAUUGUGUGCACUCCUGUUUGCAAAAAGUCACUAUGAUGAGGCAUACAAAUGGUGUAUUGAAGCAAUGAAAGAAAUUACAACUGGCUUGCCAGUCAAAGUUGUGGUAGAUGUUUUAAGACAAGCUUCUAAGGCUUGUGUAGUAAAACGUGAAUUUAAAAAGGCAGAACAGUUAAUUAAACAUGCAGUGUAUUUGGCACGGGAUCAUUUUGGAUCAAAACACCCAAAAUAUUCUGAUACACUGUUAGAUUAUGGGUUCUACUUACUUAAUGUAGAUAAUAUAUGUCAGUCUGUUGCAAUUUAUCAGGCAGCCCUUGAUAUUCGGCAGUCAGUAUUUGGUGGCAAAAAUAUCCAUGUAGCAACGGCUCAUGAAGACUUGGCUUAUUCUUCGUAUGUUCACCAGUAUAGUUCUGGGAAAUUUGACAAUGCACUAUUUCAUGCAGAGAGAGCUAUUGGUAUCAUUACCCACAUCCUACCUGAAGAUCAUCUUCUUUUGGCCUCUUCAAAGAGGGUGAAAGCACUUAUUUUAGAAGAGAUAGCCAUUGACUGUCAUAAUAAAGAAACAGAACAAAGGCUGCUUCAAGAAGCUCAUGAUUUGCACCUAUCUUCACUCCAACUAGCUAAAAAAGCUUUUGGGGAAUUUAAUGUACAGACUGCAAAACACUAUGGAAACCUUGGAAGACUUUACCAGUCCAUGAGAAAAUUUAAGGAAGCUGAAGAAAUGCACAUCAAAGCAAUUCAGAUUAAAGAGCAACUUCUUGGUCAAGAAGAUUAUGAAGUAGCCCUUUCAGUGGGACAUCUGGCUUCUUUGUAUAAUUAUGACAUGAAUCAAUAUGAAAAUGCUGAGAAACUUUAUUUGCGAUCUAUAGCAAUUGGGAAGAAACUUUUUGGUGAAGGCUACAGUGGACUAGAGUAUGAUUACCGAGGUCUCAUUAAACUUUACAACUCCAUUGGAAAUUAUGAGAAAGUAUUUGAAUAUCACAAUGUUCUGUCUAACUGGAACCGGUUACGAGAUCGGCAGUAUUCAGUGACCGAUGCUCUUGAAGAUGUCAACACCAGCCCCCAGUCCACCGAAGAAGUGGUGCAGUCCUUCCUGAUUUCUCACAAUGUCGAGGGACCGAGCUGCUGA